AGUCCAUAUCGGACGUGACGUUUAGUGUCACUUCCGGUUGUCCUUCCAGUUCUUGUGGGUGAGAGGUGAAGUGUUUCUGUUGUAAUAUUUGCAGUGUUCUUGUUCAUAGAUUCGAAGUUUGAGGAUUUUAAAGACAAUGCUGCAAAACACAGGGAAGUUAGCCGGCUGCACGCUCUUCAUUACCGGAGCCAGUCGCGGCAUCGGCAAAGCCAUCGCUCUAAAAGCUGCCAGGGAUGGAGCCAACAUUAUCAUCGCAGCCAAGACGGCUGAGCCUCACCCCAAACUACCAGGGACCAUCUACACUGCGGCUCAGGAGGUGGAGGCAGCAGGGGGGAAAGCGUUGCCUUGUGUUGUUGACAUCCGGGAUGAGAAGCAGGUGACGGAGGCCGUUCAGAAAGCAGUAGAAACCUUUGGAGGUAUUGACAUUUUGGUGAACAACGCAAGUGCCAUCAGUCUGACUGGAACUUUAGAGACCCCCAUGAAGAAGGUGGAUCUGAUGCUGGGGAUCAACCUCAGAGGGACGUACCUGACGUCUAAGUUGGUCAUUCCCCACCUUCUGAAGAGUCGCUGUCCUCACAUCCUCAACUUGUCACCUCCACUCAACCUCAACCCAGUGUGGUUCAAGAACCACACAGCCUACACAAUGGCCAAGUACGGCAUGUCCAUGUGUGUUCUGGGCAUGGCCGAAGAGUUCAGAGGUCAAAUUGCCGUAAAUGCUCUGUGGCCAAAAACUGCCAUUCAGACAGCAGCCAUGGACAUGUUGGGUGGAGAGGGAGUAGCUAAGCAGUGCCGUACUGUUGACAUCAUAGCCGAUGCUGCCUAUGUCGUCCUGUCCCAGCCCAAGGACUACACUGGUCAUUUCCUGGUGGAUGAAGAUGUCCUGAAAGGUCAGGGAGUCCAAGACCUUGAACAGUAUGCUGUGGAACCAGGUCACCCCCUGCUGCCAGACUUCUUCCUGGAUGAAACUCCAGAGACCCUGGUCGAGAAGAUGGAGCAGCACGGGGCAACCCCUGCCUUCAAGCCCCCAUCCUCCUCAGCCACAGCUCCCUCUGGUGGACCAAUAGCUGGCACAUUCAGCAUAAUUAAAGGGGCCAUCAACGAAGACGUGGUGAAGUCAACGCAGGGCGUUUAUGAGUUCGACCUGUCAGGUGAACACGCUGGGGUUUGGUUUCUGGACUUGAAGAGUGGCUCUGGUUCUACGGGACAGGGACAGCCACCAGUCAAAGCUGAUGUGAUCAUGUCAAUGGACUCCAGUGACUUCUGCAAGAUGUUUGCAGGUAAACUGAAGCCCACGAUGGCGUUCAUGUCUGGAAAAUUGCGGAUCAAAGGGGACAUGUCUGUCGCCAUCAAACUGGAGAAACUGAUGAGCCGCAUGAACAAGGCUAAACUGUGAGAACCAGAGGCUCCAGGUGUGAUCCUCACUGGUGUUAGUGCUACGUCUUGCCUUCACAACUGUAAUGUACUGUAAUAUUAACAAGAACUGCUCGAAUGCUACAAACAGGUGAUGUCAUUGUGGCAUUAAAAUAAUCAUGAUGUUUUUUUUAACACUUUUAUUAAACCACAUGAUUGUAAAGUG